GUUAAGUUUCUAACGCCAGAUGUUCGCCUAUAUUCUAACUUAUUUGUUGGUUAAGUGUUGCCAUGUGCAUUUGUUUAAUCUGAUUAAUGUUAUGUAAUUAGGGCCCCCUCGGUCUGCAGGCGCGUGGAGGGACGAGCGAAGAGGAAGAAACAUGUCGGAACUGAGUGACGAGGCCAGCGAGUCGGAGCAGCUGGGGUCCAGCCUGUCCCUGUGGCUGGGCGAGUCCCUGGUGAGACCCGAGGAGCUGCACGUCCCCCUGGACCUCCACACCGCCUCCUCCAUCGGCCAGUACGACGUGGUGGCGGAGUGUAUUAACAAGCGCGAGAUGGACCUGAACGGCAAAAACAUCGGAGGGUGGACCCCACUGAUGUAUGCGUCUUACAUCGGCCACGACAACAUCGCAAAUCUCCUGCUGGAGGCCGGCGUGAAUGUAAAUGCGACCACUGACAAAGGAUUAACCCCUUUGAUGCUGGCGGCAAGCUGUGGGAAUGAAAGCAUCGCAUACUUUCUGCUUCAGCACGGUGCAGAGUUGGAGUUGAAGGACUCUCAAGGCUGGACCGCUCUGUUCCACUGCACGAGCACAGGACACCAGCAGAUGGUCCGCUUCCUGCUGGAUAACAAUGCCGACGCCAACGCCAAGGAGCCGGGCUCCGGUUUCACUACCCUGAUGGAGGCUGCUGCUUCGGGACAUGAAAUCAUUGUUCAGUACCUGCUCGAUCAUAAGGUUAAAGUGGACGAGCGUAGCAGCAAAGGAGAGACUGCCCGUGCUCUGGCCAUGUUAUACGGCUUUACCAAGAUCGUCAGCCUCAUUGACUCGCAUUCGCCAAGGAACAAACUAGGACAUUUUGAGGACCUGAGCUCCUCCGAGGACUCGGACAGCGCACCCCCGCGGACCAGGCCGGGUCGAAACCGAGUCAAAGGCGUUAGCAUCCACGAUGGCCCCCAGGCCAUUGCCAAGUUUCGAGUGGGAGGCACCAGCAAAACGUCUGAGCCUCCCGCGACGCCUCAGAACUUCAAGACGAUUCGCGACGCCGGUGAACAGAGUGAGGAAAUCUGCUUUCGCGACGUCACCUCGCCCAUAAACGAGCUGGACGGCCAGAGCAACAGCAGCAGAGACGACAGUCCGUUCUUCGAAAACGACAUGCCCACCAUGAGGAGCAGCAGCAGCAGCAGCGAAGGCCUCCCUCAUGUGAUCGGCCUCAAAUGGGAAGGCUCGGUGGAGAGUAACGAGGACUCCGACCAGUGCAAAAAGAGCAGCUCUCGCCGGCUAAAUAAGGGCCAUCACUCCAAAGGGAAGAGUCGCCACGGAAGCAACAAUGCAUCGCAAUCAAGCGGUACGGGGAACUGUGGGAAGCUCCCCCAUGGGGGUCUUCCACCCUCUUACACCGGUCCAAAGGAUCUGGCAGAGUUCUUGGAACAAAUUGGCUUCUCUAAGUAUCUCCCGGUUCUUGAAGAGCAAGACAUCGACCUGCGGAUAUUUCUCACUCUGACCGAGAACGAUCUCAAAGAAAUAGGGAUCACACUGUUCGGACCCAAGCGGAAGAUGACCUCGGCCAUAGCGAGAUGGCACAGCAACGCGCGACCACCCGGCGAGGCUCUGGAACAGGCCUACGCCGACCAGCUGGAGGCGGAGAUGCAGGAGAUGGCCAUUCAGCUACACAAACACUGCGAGGAGGCGGAGAGCCUUCAGAGCCAAGUGUCUCAGGAGAAGGAGCUGCGUACGGUGAUGGAGGGGUGUCUGAUGGAGGACAAGAUGGCCUGGAGGAGGGUCCACGCGGAGCUGGUGGAGAACCACCGGCUAGCGCAGGAGAUGAGCGCCACACUGGCCAAGUCCCGGGCCUGCAGCGCCGAACUGCUCUCCUGCCUCACCGCCGCAGAAGACGGCGGGGAAGGUGAGUGGAGGUGGCCUCCGCUGGGGAACUCCUUCUUACCUUCUGGAAUUAAUAAAUUAAUUAUUGUACGUUGUUUCAUUGCAGCUGGUGGGAGCUCCGGUGUUGCCGAGUUAGUAAAGAAGAUGGCUUCUCACGAAGAAGAACUGGCGGAGACCCUCCACACGGUGCUUCACAGUCUGAGGCGACUCAGUGCCCCCGAAAAAGUCUCCGACAGCUGGGAGCGGCCGUAACGCCUGCAGGCUUCUCGCCAACAUUCGACGGAGGGUGAUCGAACCACCCUGAACAAUCUCACUGCAACGAGGUGGCCGAGGACGAGGCCCAUCCCGCCGAGGGGGGAAAUCAGCUGACCCGCUGCUCCUCCCGGAUUGGCCGAUGGACCCGAGCGCGCCGGACAAAGCCAAGAGCGACGGCAGCUGCUGCACGAUGCUGUCCGGUGGUGUUGAGAGAAGGAAGCGGCCGUUCUACUGUGAAGCGUUUCUAGAGCUGCACGCUUUCAACAUGAAAUGGGCCUUAAAUGAUGUGCGUGCCACAAGCUGAAGAGAAAGUCACAGUUAAGACUCUGCAGAGUUAUAUGAACUUUAUUUGAAUAAUAUUGUAUUUGUAUGCCGUCGUUUGACAAUAACGUCCUGCUGAAUGCAUUCAAGAAGUGUGCGAAUCGCCACUUGUACAGAACUACACUACGAUCAGAUUUACUUUUUAGCUUUCCAAACGUGACCCUUCUAACCCCCAAAUUGUCCCAUAUCUAUAAAAUGCCAGAUUGUCUUUGCUGUAUUAGAACCUCGUCGCCUGGAAGUUGAGUGUGAAGAAGCAGAGCUACGUGAAUGUACACAGAAAAAAUGAAUUUAAAUGAUCCGUUGUAAUCUUAAGCAUGCAUUAGGACAACAUAAAUAGCACCGAGGAUAGUUGAUUUAAAUGAUUUACGACAGUUAUUUCUUUACUUAUUAAACCUUUAAUUGGA